AGGUAGUCAAGACAUGGUAUUCUGAAGAUAUCAGCAGAAAAUAUAUAGAGCUGUUAUUGAUGUUUUCAGCAAAUGGGAGACGUUGUCGAACACCACAUAACACGAUUCGCUCUCAGGGAGGAGAAAGUAGGACCAGAAAACUUUGAGCUUCUCAAGGUCCUUGGCACUGGAGCAUACGGGAAAGUGUUCUUGGUACGGAAGAAUGGUGGGUUUGAUCAUGGAAAACUCUUUGCAAUGAAAGUUCUCAAGAAAGGCACGAUACUUCAAAAGCAAAAAACUACAGAAUACACUCUCACUGAGCGUCAGGUAUUAGAAAGAGUCCGGCAGUCACCGUUCCUCGUGACCCUGCACUACGCUUUCCAGACAGACGCUAAACUGCACCUCAUCCUAGAGUACGUGAACGGCGGAGAAAUGUUCACGCAUCUCAACCAACGAGAGAGGUUCACCGAAGAUGAAGCCAGACUAUACAUUGCCGAGGUUACCCUCGCUCUAGAGCACCUACACAGUCUGGGUAUCAUAUACCGUGACAUAAAGUUAGAGAACAUCUUGUUGGAUGCUACUGGACACAUUGUAUUGACUGACUUCGGUCUCAGCAAGGGAUUCGCUUACGACAGUCUGGACAAGAGAACGUACUCGUUUUGCGGAACUAUCGAGUACAUGGCCCCGGAAGUGCUACGUGGUGGUAAAACCGGGCACGACAUGGCCGUGGAUUGGUGGAGUGUGGGGGUCCUCUUGUAUGAGUUGUGCACUGGUGCUUCUCCUUUUACCAUCGAUAACGAGACUAAUUCCCAGUCAGAUAUCACUAGGCGUAUCCUAAACAACUCUCCACCACUUCCACACCAUUUCUCUCCACAACUACGGUCCUUGAUAUGGGGCCUAUUACAGAAGGACCCUAAAGUACGGAUAGGUUGUGGAACGAGGGAAGCUGCUGAGGUUAAAGAGCAUCCUUUCUUCCAGGAAUUAAACUGGGAUGAUGUUCUUCACAAGCGUAUCCAAGCUCCCUUCAAGCCGCGUGUCAGGGACGAGAUGGACGUGGGAAACUUUGCGGAGGAAUUCACCACCAUGGCCCCGGUGGAUUCCCCCGCAUUUCCACCCCAAAGUGCCAAGCGCUUUGCUCAGAUUUUCAGGGGGUUCAGUUUCGUCGCACCGUCAGUUCUUUUUAAUGCAGAGAUAUUCGCCGACAGUGCGGCUGAAUUGUGCGGCACUAAAUCCGCAUCUAAACCAAUUAACAACCUCAUCCAAAAUUUACACGUAAAAAACUCGCCCUUCCUACGGAACUACACACUGAACAAGAAAGUGAUAGGACGAGGCUCUUUUAGUACAGUCUGCAGUUGUAUCCACAAGGAAACUGGGGCUGAGUACGCAGUGAAGAUUGUCAGUAACAGAAACCACCCUCAGAGAGAGGUUCAGAUUUUGAGGAUGUGUCAAGGUCACCCAAACAUUGUCAAGCUGGUAGACGUACAAAAAGACGAGCUGCACACAUACAUUAUAAUGGAGCACGUGAGAGGCGGAGAGUUGCUGGAUCGUAUCAGAGAGAAGAAGAUAUUCAGUGAAGCAGAAGCUGUUAGGAUCAUGAGGCAGCUCAUCAGCGCUCUUAAUUUCCUACACAGCAGAUGUAUCGUACACAGAGAUCUAAAACCAGAAAACAUCUUGUUCACAGACAACUCGGACGACGCAGACGUUAAGUUGGUGGACUUUGGGUUUGCUAGGGUCUUUUCAGAUCACCAACCCCUCAAAACUCCCUGUUUUACCCUCACCUACGCUGCCCCUGAGGUGUUGCGGAACGUUCAGCACCACAACACCCCUACAAACAGUGCAGCUGUUUUCAACAAUGAGUACGGUGAUAGCUGUGACGUCUGGAGUCUCGGUGUUAUCCUGUACAUAAUGCUGAGCGGGCGGGUACCGUUUCAAGGCUCCCAGACUGACGGUACUAUGAUGGCAGUAAUCAAGCAGAUCAAGGGAGGUAGCUUCAAUCUGUCGGGGGAGGAGUGGCAGAGUGUGUCCCAUUCUGCCCGAGAGCUGAUAAAGGGCCUUCUCACGGUGGAUGCCGCCAAGAGAUUGUCCUUGACGCAGGUCAAGAACGCUGAGUGGAUCAUGUCUGCCGAUGUGCCACAUACCCCACUCAUGACCCCUGGGUAUUUAAAGGAUCAGAAGGUUGCUUCCACUGUGAAACACGCCGUGAACACCACUUUUGAUGCCUAUCGGACAGAGUUUUCUCUAGCGGACGUAUCUGAGGCCCCCAUUGCUAAGCGACGGAAGUUAAAGAAAGAUAGUUCUAAAGAUGGCAGUUCCAGCACGGAAGGUGAAGCAACCACCCCACAACCCGUGAUAACCUUGUCUGCAAUAUCGGCUGUGUUGUCAGAUAUCCCCCCUGCUGAGGCUUCCCCUAGCAAGCACUGGACACCAGGGGCCCCAUCAUCGCACCAAUUCAACGGUUUUGAUUUCCCCUCGUCACCCGUGCACAAAUCUCGGAACAAAGACAAAAGCAAACCCUGAUGAUCGAGUUACGCAAUAAGCACGAGUUCUUAUUGGUGGACCGAAAUCACGUGACACAGUAACCAUGGUAACCCAGUGAGCAGGAGCUCUAAAUGGUUGAUCAAAGUGUGGGACUAAAUGUUUGACAUCUUCUUGCGCGUCCUGUGGUUGUCUUGGAAACAGCGCGGUGUGUUCCAUGUCGGCGGGUUGUGUUAGCAGAACUGAACAAACGACAGCUCUAACCCACUUUAUCAGAUGUAAAAUAUAAAGAAACGAACGUUUUUAAUUCCAUUUCCAUUCAAGUCGACUGAAAGAUGUCGUUACAUUUCAUCAAUGAAAAUAAUUGAAAUAACCGAAGUCGAGAUUGACCGUUGUUGGAUCAGAGACAGAUGUACAUGAGAGAGCGUGAUCUAUUUUAAAUAGUUUAAGUUAAUGUUUGGCGGUUUUGUUACUUUUUGCUACAUUUUUUACAUUUAUACUGCAUGUUCAAUUUCCAAAAUGUAAAUGUUUUGAUAGUCUGUUGAAAGGCUAGUCUACAUUUUUGUCUUCGAACAUUGGAAGACGAUGAUAAAUAUGACAUUUCCUUACUAUGAGAUAGACAAACAUGUGGCAAGUUAGCCUGCCUUAUCAGUAAUAAUUUUCACUACAGUUAUGAGAAAAAAUGACCCAAGAGUCUACAAUUUUUUCAUCGGGCGAUUUCUCGUGCAGAUGUUUGUAAGCAUAUGCACGCCGUGUUAUAUGUCAAAAAUUGUUUGCCAAUUUGACACGUUUAAAAUGCACCAAGUUUCAAAAUUUUUGUUGGAAAAUAUUCAUACGACUGUUGUCUUGUACCACAAGCACAUUUUAGAACUCUAGACAAAAAUCAUGCCUUCAUAACUUAACGAUUCCAUUCUGUUAGUUAUUCUUCUUAUCUUCAAAGCAGC